GCUAGAGAGAGGGGGAAAGUGAGUGAGAGAGAGAGAGAGAGAGAGAGAGAGGGGGGGGCGCGACUGAACAACACUGGUCUAUCUAUCCUUAAUCUCUCGUCAUUGCUGUCCGAUCUCUCCGCGCUUUCUCUCUAUUACGGCAAUUAGAUUCUGCACAAUUGACCGUGCUACUACAAUGACUCACUGAAAUUACCGUAUAGGCUAUGUGUGUCAUUAACAAACGGAAAGCUACAUUUUUCUUUUCUGCAUAGAACCUGAAGCGGAGUUUGACUGUUUUUAUCUGGACCGCACUAUCACGUUGGGAUUUUCAGAGGAGCGCACACUGUUGAGAUUUAUUUUUUCAUGUGUGGUGGUGUAUAUUUUAUUAUCACAUCCCUUGAAGUCAGGACUACGAGCUAAAUAAAUACAGUGGGAAUACCGCAAAGGGUAACCAACCAAGCUGGAAUUGGGUCGACGAGCAAAGACAUCUGGAGACAAAUACAGGCACUGCUCCCGACCAACAAUCUAUAAGUAGACCCACUCUCUUAGGAUGGGGGGCACCGAGUUGCACAAAGCUGCUCUGAUUGGCUGGAGCUCUGUCUGUCAGUUGUCAAUCACAGCCUGAGGAGCAGGUUAUUGGUCUGGGAGCUGUGGGGGGGUGGGAGAGGAGUUCCAGAAUUUCCAGGACCACAAUCUGCUUGGCUGACCACAGCAGGAGCAUGUUGAGAGGAAGCAGGCCAGUGGGAAGCAGUACCUCUCCAUGGAGCUCUGGAGGAGCCAAUAUGGCCCAUGGAAUGGGGAUGGUCUACCUAUCCAAGGUUUAUCUUCUCUUAUGGAUUGGCUUCCUGUUAGAGUCUGUGUGUCUGCCGGUCGUGGCCCAGACCCCAGUCCACCCUGUUGUCACCACGAAUUACGGGAAGCUGCGGGGGUUAAAGACGACGCUGCCCAAUGAGAUCCUAGGGCCCGUGGAGCAGUACUUGGGGAUCCCGUAUGCUUUGGCCCCUACAGGGGAGAGACGCUUCCAGCCCCCCGAGCCUCCCAUGUCCUGGCCUGGGAUCAGGAAUGCUACCCAGUUCGCCCCUGUGUGUCCACAGUACCUGGAGGAAAAGUUACUCAACGAUAUGCUGCCGGUGUGGUUCACAGCGAACUUGGAUACAGUGGUAACCUAUAUGCAGGACCAGAACGAGGACUGCCUGUAUUUAAACAUAUACGUGCCAACUGAGGAUGACAUCCACGACGAGAACGGGCUGAAGCCGGUCAUGGUGUACAUCCACGGUGGAUCCUACAUGGAGGGAACGGGGAACAUGAUCGAUGGGAGUAUCCUGGCGAGCUACGGAAAUGUCAUCGUAAUCACCAUAAACUACAGGCUCGGGGUGUUAGGCUUCCUAAGCACAGGGGACCAGGCAGCCAAGGGGAACUAUGGACUGUUGGACCAGAUCCAAGCCCUGAGGUGGAUCAAAGAGAACAUUCAGGCCUUCAAAGGAGAUCCAAAGAGAGUGACAAUCUUCGGCUCUGGUGCAGGGGCAUCGUGUGUUAGCUUGCUCACGCUCUCUCACUACUCAGAAGAUCUCUUCCAGAAAGCCAUCAUCCAGAGUGGUACAGCUCUGUCCAGCUGGGCAGUUAACUACCAGCCUGCCAAGUACACACGGAUGCUGGCUGAGAAGGUGGGCUGCAACAUGCUGGACACCAUUGACCUGGUGGAGUGCCUCCAGAGCAAGAACUACAAGGAGCUGAUCGAACAGAACAUCUUACCCGCAAAGUACCACAUCGCCUUCGGCCCCGUCAUCGACGGCGAUGUCAUCCCGGACGACCCCCAGAUCCUCAUGGAGCAGGGCGAGUUCCUCAACUACGACAUCAUGCUGGGGGUCAACCAAGGCGAAGGGUUCAAGUUUGUGGAGGGCAGCGUGGACAGCGAGGACGGCGUCUCGGCCAACGACUUUGACUUUGCCGUGUCGGACUUUGUGGAUCACCUCUACGGCUACCCGGAGGGCAAGGACACACUAAGGGAGACCAUUAAGUUCAUGUACACUGACUGGGCCGACAAGGAGAACCCCGAGACAAGGAGGAAGACGUUAGUCGCACUCUUCACCGACCACCAGUGGGUGGCGCCGGCCGUAGCCACAGCGGACCUCCAUGCCCAGUAUGGUUCGCCGACGUAUUUUUACGCCUUCUACCACCACUGCCAGAGUGACAUGAAGCCUAGCUGGGCUGACUCGGCACAUGGGGACGAGGUGCCCUAUGUGUUCGGGAUCCCAAUGAUCGGACCCACGGACCUGUUCAACUGCAACUUUUCCAAGAACGACGUCAUGCUCAGCGCGGUUGUUAUGACUUACUGGACUAACUUCGCCAAGACAGGAGAUCCAAACCAGCCCGUUCCUCAGGACACCAAGUUCAUCCAUACAAAACCCAACCGCUUUGAAGAGGUUGCCUGGUCGAAGUACAACCCCAAGGACCAGCUCUACCUGCACAUCGGCCUGAAACCCAGGGUCAGGGACCACUACCGGGCCACUAAGGUAGCCUUCUGGCUGGAACUAGUUCCACACCUCCACAACAUAAAUGAGUUGUUCCAAUAUGUAUCCACAACGACCAAAAUACCGCCGCAGGACACGACCCCGUUUCCUUACACCAAGCGUUUCCCGGGGAAUCGGCCUUCUACCACCCGCCACCCUGGGGUUCCCUCCGCUAACACCAAGCAGACCACCGACCAGCGGAAAGGUGAGGACCUCACCGACGAAUCAGCCGUGGUUAUCGAGACUAAACGGGACUAUUCCACGGAGCUGAGCGUCACCAUCGCCGUGGGAGCCUCGCUGCUCUUCCUCAACAUCCUGGCGUUCGCCGCGCUCUACUACAAGAAGGACAAGCGGCGCCACGAGUCAAACCGGCGCGGGCCAAGCCCACAGCGUAUCUCCGCCGGGCCGGCCAACGCGGCGGCCAACGCCAAUGACAUCGCCCACCUGCAGAGCGAGGAGCUGAUGUCCCUGCAGAUGAAGCAGCAGCAGCAGAUGGAUCACGAGCACCACCACGAGUGUGAGUCACUCCAGGCCCACGACACGCUGCGCCUCACCUGCCCGCCCGACUACACCCUCACGCUGCGUAGGUCGCCAGACGACAUCCCCCUCAUGACGCCCAGCACCAUAACCAUGAUCCCCAACUCGCUGGCCGCCAUGCAGCCGCUUCACAACUUCAACACGUUUGGCGGCAGUCAGAACAGUACCAACCUGCCCCAUGGACACUCCACCACCAGGGUAUAGCUCUUUGUGGAGAAGUCAAACGUCCAUGUUGCCUGGCCUAUGUUGGACAAACACUAAGGAAAGAGAGCAGAGUGACUGACUUGUGUUUCACACAGAACUCGUCUCAGUGGACGAGAUGUUAUUUUGCUACCAUGCCUUCUUGAACAGUAUAUAUCAAAGUCAAAUAUGAACUUCUAAUGACGUGUUUGAAAAGUGACCGUUACCAUAGUAACGCCGUUUUCGGAGUGAAGCUUCUCGAAUGAAUCGAAGAGAGUUUUACCAAAAGAGCAACACCUGAAGACAAGUGGAAUAAUCUGCUGUAGAAUGCUUGAGUAGACAGUACGAAACAUGAAGGGUUACAGUGAUGAUAAGGAUUACUCCAAAACCUUUUUGUGCCAUCAAGUACAUCAUAGGACAACAACACACAAUUGUACAGUGAAUUACCACUCUGCUGCAUUGGUAAAGUGUGACAAACUAGUCAUGGGCACUGAAUUUAAAACUCCCCCCAGCCUGACAUGUAUUUAUGAAAACUUUGUAAAAAAAAACAGUAUAUAGUUGUGAGUAAAAAUAAAAAUACAAAAAAAUAGACAUUUAAAGAGCUUCUAUUGUUGUUUGAGUUUAACUAUGGCUUUUCCAAGCGUGUUCUUUCUGUUGAGGUGCAUGUAAAUAAACAGUAUCAGUCAUUAUC